AUGAAAGUUGACGCUUUAAGUGACAUUUUCAACCUGUACGAGAAGGCCGCGCCGAAGAAAAAAUGGUCCCUUCUGUUGACGCUGAUCACCCUGUUGGCCGCGGCAUCAGGCCGUGUAAAUGGCUCCGAAUUUGAUUUCCCAAAAGAGUCAAUAAUAAACGAACAUAACAAUUUUAACAGUCCCAAAGAUGAAUUCAAUUACCCCGAUAAAGAUCCCUAUGAAGAGAGAGGAUUAACGUUAGGUGGAGUCAAGUUGAAAUUUGAACAUCUCGAUGAAAUGAACAGCGCCUUUUUUAUGCACAAUAGGAAUAAAAUAAAUAUGAUACAAUACCCCGCCAAUAAUCCCAUACAGGACAGAUGCUUUGUCUACGAAAUCGAUAUGACUAAUGACUUGUUAGAACCCAUUGGUAGUUACCAAAAGCUGAAAGACAAAGAGGACGAAAAUUUUAUUCAAUCCUUCGAAAAGAGCGCAAUGAAAUAUGUCAACGGAAAUGACUCCUCCUCUAGCCCAAAUUAUUUUCUAGAUAUGGUCAACAUGGCCUACCUAAAAGACAAAGGCAGAAGCACAAAGAAGGGGGCAAAUAGGGGAGGAUCUCCUGGAUCUUCUGUUUUAGAACCAAUUCCACCCUGGGAUUCAACAUUGCUAAUUCCUACUCCAGUAGGUGGGUCCCGAGUGGGACCAUCAUCCUUGGGAUCAACAAAAGGAUCACCAAGAGGUUCCCCGAUGUCUCUUCCAGUGGGUUCGUCAAUGGGUCCAUCCAUGGGGCCAGCCGUAACAAUGCCUAUGCCAGCUGAUGGCUCCCCCAUAGCUGGGCCUUCGAUGCAAGAACCCACGCCCAUUCAGACGCCACUAGCUUCUGUGGAAGUAAAGGCAACAGAAAAAACUGCAGAGCCAACAACAGAUCGGAUGAAUGUGGAUGCUGCAGAGAACGUAACAGAGGAAACAGCAAAAAAGGUGCCAGAUGAGACAGCCUCCAAUGCAACAGAUGAGACAGCCUCCAAUGCAACAGAUGAGACAGCCUCCAAUGCAACAGAUGAGACAGCCUCCAAUGCAACAGAUGAGACAGCCCCCAAUGCAACAGAUGAGACAGCCCUCAACGCAACAGAUGAGACAGCCCCCAAUGCAACAGAUGAGACAGCCUCCAAUGCAACAGAUGAGACAGCCUCCAAUGCAACAGAUGAGACAGCCCCCAACGCAACAGAUGAGACACCCCUCAACGCAACAGAUGAGACACCCCUCAACGCAACAGAUGAGACAACCCAGAGAACCUCUGACAAAGUGGUCGAAAAUGUGGAAUCUGCAGCAGCCGAGAAUGCGGAAGCACCUGCCGCCGAGAAUGCAGAAGCAUCUGUCGCCGAGAAUGCAGAAGCAUCUGUCGCCGAGAAUGCAGAAGCAUCUGUCGCCGAGAAUGCAGAAGCCCCAGUCGCCGAGAAUGCAGAAGCACCAGUCGAUGAGAAUGCAGAAACUGCCCCAACAGAGGCAAUCCCGUCCACCACAGAAGCUGUUAAUGCGGAAUCCCAAAAAGAAGAAGGUAGCAACACACAAGACGCUGCUGGUCAAAGCGCUAAAAACACUGAAGCGCAAACCCCGAUAGACGCUGAAAAAGGGCCCAUUACAGGUGCAUCCGGAGUGCAACCAAACCCUUACCUAAGCAGACGAGACAUAUUGAACAAUGCAUUUGAGAGGUAUAGUCAAUACUAUGACGAAAUGAAAGCCUUUAAUGACUCAUUCCUAUUCGCCGCAGUGAUGGAUGGUCAUAGCGGAGAAGUUAUCGCAGACAUAGUGAAGAGGUGGCUAGGAUUUUACGUGAAGAAGCAAUUAAUGGAAAAGUUAAGAAAUAAUGAUAACCAGGUUUUGACGCCAAGUGAUAUAGUAGCAAGUCUGGAGGAAGCCCACAUUCAGCUAGAAAAUGACAUUUUAAAAAAAGCAAAGGAAUAUUUCUUUCAGGGAAAUGCCAAGUACACAAGAGUUGGUUCUUGCUCACUCAGUGUCCUCAUCGAUAAAAACUAUUACUAUGUUAGCAAUGUAGGGGAUUCCAGGGGAUUGUUAAUAAAGAAAGAUUCCGUAGUUAGGUUAAAUAAUAUACAUAAUGCCACUGAAAUAAAUGAAAGAAUGAGAUUAAUUCAGGAGCAUCCCAACGAAAUGGACGUUGUUAUGUGUAAAAGGACCGUCAGAACUGGAAAUGUGAAAUUCUUUGAAACCUUUGGCUUAACUGAACAUGAUACACAAUUGCAAUUGUCUGAUUUUGAUCGAUGUUUUGUGAAAGGACGAUUACAGUGCACAAGGACUUUUGGUGAUUUUCACUUGAAGCAUAAAAUCUUUGCAUUUAAUUACAAAAAAAAUAAAUUCAUCGUUAAGGAGCCACACUCCUUUCCCUACAUCUCGGCCAUUCCCGAAGUACUUAAAAUAAGGAGAACUGAGGAUGAUGAAUUUAUCGUAUUGGUAUCCGAUGGAAUUUCCGAUGACUUAGGUGACAAAAAAAUAUACGACAUCGUGAAACAGUACAGCUACUCUGUGAAGAAGCUGUCGCAGAUUAUUAUUAAGUCCGUCUUAACGAAGGCCUGCAUGAAAGCGCGCUUGACCCCCAGGGGGAUGUUGACGUGGGUAGACCGCGAUAGUAGAAGGAAGUUCUUCGACGACAUGUCGGUGGUUGUCAUUAAGUUGAAGUGA